CAAAGAUAAUAGAAUAUGUGCAAGAUUCGUACGAAAGGGUCAACAAAUCAGAGGUGGUACUGGUGCUAGUUUAUUUGGAUUGAGACGAAAAUAAAUUAAUAUGUCACUUAACCAGUUAUUAAAAUGCACGGCAUCACAAUUCUUGUAGUCCCUGUAACAAGCGAUAGUGCUUGUUAUAUUUCAGUGGUGGAGCAUAAUUUUGAGAAGCAGUAAAAACUCACGUAUCAAAGAUUGACUCUGCGUGGGAUUGGGCUGCCCAGCCGCCCUUGCGCCUCCAUCUAGCCCAACAAGCUCGCAGCAGCAGGAUGGGUGAAAUGGUGAUAGGAGAACGUCCACCAUCUCCUGCUCGCUUAGCACAUACUUCGGAAAAACAUCCAAGAGUUACUCUGACGGAGUUAAAUGUACUGCGAAGGCACCGUGAACUCUGUGAUGUGGUUCUCAAUGUUGGCACCCGAAAGAUCUUUGCUCACAGAGUAAUACUGUCGGCAUGCAGUCCUUAUUUUCGAGCUAUGUUUACUGGGGAGCUGGCAGAGUCACGUCAGACAGAAGUUACUAUCAGAGAUAUAGACGAGCUGGCAAUGGAGCUGCUGAUUGAUUUUUGUUACACGUCUCACAUUGUGGUUGAAGAAGGAAAUGUGCAGACCCUCCUUCCUGCCGCCUGCUUGCUGCAGUUGGCAGAAAUACAGGAUAUAUGUUGCGAGUUCCUAAAACGCCAGCUGGAUCCAUCGAAUUGUUUGGGUAUUCGUGCAUUUGCUGACACGCAUUCAUGCCGAGAGUUGUUAAGGAUAGCUGAUAAAUUUACUCAACAUAAUUUUCAGGAGGUAAUGGAAAGUGAAGAAUUUUUACUGUUGCCCGUUGGUCAACUAGUAGAUAUUAUUUCAAGUGAUGAACUGAAUGUGAGAUCUGAAGAGCAAGUAUUUAGUGCUGUAAUGGCUUGGGUGAAGUAUAAUGUCUCAGAAAGGAGGCAGCACUUAGCACAGGUAUUGCAACAUGUUCGACUUCCUCUUCUAAGUCCAAAAUUUUUAGUUGGAACUGUGGGUUCUGAUCUCCUUGUACGAAGUGAUGAGGCGUGCAGAGAUCUUGUUGAUGAGGCCAAAAACUACCUCCUCCUCCCUCAAGAAAGGCCAUUAAUGCAGGGUCCAAGAACAAGACCAAGGAAACCUACAAGGCGUGGUGAAGUUCUUUUUGCAGUUGGAGGAUGGUGCAGUGGGGAUGCAAUAGCUUCCGUGGAACGGUUUGAUCCUCAAUCAGCCGACUGGAAAAUGGUUGCACCAAUGAGUAAACGAAGAUGUGGUGUUGGUGUUGCUGUACUAAACGAUUUACUGUACGCAGUUGGUGGCCAUGAUGGGCAGUCCUACCUGAACAGCAUAGAAAGAUAUGACCCCCAGACAAAUCAGUGGUCUUGUGAUGUGGCACCUACAACAUCGUGUCGCACAAGUGUAGGAGUGGCAGUACUGGAUGGCUUUUUGUAUGCAGUUGGAGGGCAAGAUGGAGUACAGUGUCUCAAUCAUGUAGAAAGAUAUGACCCAAAAGAAAACAAAUGGAGUAAAGUUGCACCUAUGACCACACGGCGACUAGGUGUUGCAGUAGCUGUUCUUGGAGGUUUUCUUUAUGCUAUUGGAGGGUCAGAUGGCCAGUGUCCGCUUAAUACAGUGGAGCGCUACGACCCUAGGCAGAACAAGUGGUCGCCUGUGUCCCCCAUGUCAACACGACGCAAGCACUUGGGCUGUGCCGUGUUUAACAAUCUCAUAUAUGCUGUUGGGGGCAGAGACGACUGCAUGGAGCUGUCCAGCGCCGAGCGGUAUAAUCCACACUCAAACACAUGGAGCCCAAUUGUUGCUAUGACAUCGCGAAGAAGUGGGGUUGGAUUAGCUGUCGUAAAUGGACAGCUGUAUGCUGUGGGAGGUUUUGAUGGAACUGCAUAUUUAAAGACAAUAGAGGUAUACGACACAGAGCAGAACCAGUGGAGGUUAUGUGGUGCAAUGAACUAUCGUCGUCUUGGUGGUGGAGUUGGAGUCAUGCGUGCUCCGCAGACAGAGAACUAUUUCUGUAAAAGGAAGAUACCUGGAUAGAAUUGGUCAUCAAGAUUCCUGCAGUCACUGCUGUAUGCUAUUAACUCGUCUGCUAAAUAUUUUGGAAGACCAAGGAACACACGUGUCAAAUAACUGUGUGUAUUCUGAACAUCCAUUUUUGUAACUUCAGGUACAUAGGACAACUAAUGUAUCAUACUAAUGUAUGAUUGUGGAGCAGUGCUUUUAUAUUGUUGUAUUUGCUUAGGUAAGUUUUCUAAUAGCAAUUUGAUAUCAGUAUUAUUUUUCAGUGUAUUUAUUUUGCAAUAACAUGGAAUUAUAUGUAAUUGUUGAAUGUUUAUACGACUGUCACCUUCGGUGUCAGCUUUUAUGUUUUUUGAUAAUUGUUGCCUAAGCUUUGAAGAAUGAGAAUUGUGA